GUGUUCCAUGGGUCAAACAUUUUUCCAUGCUACCAUUAUUUUAUUUUUUUCAUGCUGAUACUACUUAAAUUCUAACGCAAAAUCCAAGUGAGAUAUGGCCCCAAAAUAUGUAACGCCUGGCAAAAACGUUUAGUGCCCUCAUUUGCAUUCACCUUGAUUUCAGAAUGUUUUGAUGCGACACUCGAGAAAUAACCUAUCAGUGACCUGCAUCCUUUAAGUUUGAACCGCAUUCAUGCAGAAUCUGAUGAGUGACUGACCCGCGCUAGCCACACUUGACAUUCAAGACAGCAGUUUCCAAGAUGGCUUGGACUCGAGGUGGAUCAUUUCGUGGUUCCAGGGGUGCCAGCUUUGCCCAAAUCCUCAAGAAAAAUAUUUGUGCCCCACCUGGAUUGACAGUGGCAUAUGUGUCUCCAGCUGUCUCAGAAGUUAACAACCUCCUUGACCCGGCAUGCAACACCAAUUGUGGUGGCAUCAGAUCAAAAAGCAUUCCCCAAGAGUUGAUUGACCGGUACAAGCGGGGUGAGACCCAGGCAGUGUCAGCUCUGUACCAGCUCUCUCAGGUUCUACAGUUCCAGGUUGAGUUAAAGGAAACGGUAACCACAGGUAACAUCCCAGGUUUCUACUUUGCCUUCUGUGUCGUGGUUGACGGGGUGAAGUACAAGACUGGGAUGGGGAUCAAUAAGAAGGAGGCCAGGGCCAGAGCAGCCCAGCUGGCCCUUGAGGACCUGCUGCCCACCUUGGAUGGAGAUUCUCUGCUUCCAGAGGCAUUGGAUGGCCCUCCUCCCUUGCCAGUGAAAGAGAGUCAGACUAUAGGCUCAGAGAUCCAUCCUGGAAGAGCCAUUUAUGAGCGUAAGAACCCCAUCAACGAGCAUGUUCCCCAGGCAGUGAGAGAGCUGCUGAGUAAGCUGAUGGACAGCUACCCUGAGUUCUCUGCCUGCAGGAGCACAGUGGCAGCAUUUAUCACUCAGUCACCCAGUGGAUGUGAAGUGGUGGCCAUUGGAACAGGGAAUUACAACACUAAGGAGAGCGCUACACCAAAUGGACGGGUUCUCCACGACUCCCAUGCAGUUGUAACAGCAAGGAGAUCACUGAUGCGUUAUCUGUACAGGCACCUGUUGCUGUUCUUCAGUAAGAAUCGCAGCCUUGAGGAGAAGUCCAUGUUCCAGCAGGACGAGAACACCAAGCUGCUCAGUCUGAAGAGCGACAUCACGCUCCACCUGUACAUGAACCAGAUGCCCAAAGGAGCCGCCCAGAUCCCCUCCAAUCUGCGCCUGAAUCCGCUCUCCAUCUCAGCCUGGGAGGUGAACAAUCAGAUCAGCCUGCACGUGACGGUGGAGGGCAAGGUGUUCUCAGUCUUCUCCCACACCUUCGACCAGGCCACCUCCCGGGUGGUCAGCAUGUCGGCCAGUGACAAGAUCACCCAGUGGCAGGUGCUGGGUUUCCAGGGAGCCCUGCUCAGUCACUUCACUGAGCCCAUCUACGUCAGCAGCAUCCUCGUAGGCGACGUGAGCUGCGGUGACGUGCGGGGUAUGGAGAUUGCGGUGAACCAGCGCGUGGACGGCAUCACCCCCCGCCUACCCAUGUACUACUGUGUGUACCGGCCCCACAUCAGCCUGGUGUCCACCGCGUGCCCUGAGGGUGGCGCCAACACCAACUCCCAGUGGAGCCACGGCAUCAACUGGAGCCAGGGGGAUGUCUCCCUGGAGGUGGUGGAUGGCCUGGAGGGCAAGACGGUGGAGGCGUCUCCAUUUAAGAGCGGCCCUGCCCUGGCCAGCCGCCUGUGUAAAGCAGCCAUGCUGAGUCGCUUCAACCUGGUGGCCAAGGAGGCCUCAAGACGGGACCUGCUGGCUACAGUCUCCUACAGAGAGGCCAAGAUGAUGGCCAAGCCCUACCAGGAGGCCAAGAGUGUGCUGAGGUCCUACCUAGCACAGCAGGGCUACGGCUCCUGGGUGGCGAAGCCUCCAGUGAGUGAUCACUUCAGCAUGUGAGAGGUCCCCAGCAUGACUCUGCACUAAAAAUACAUUUGUGAAACUUCUCCACCUACACUUGAAAAAAGGACUAAAUCGAAAAGGCAUACCUCAGCAGGACAAAUGGGAGCAGAAAAGAAUAGGUUGACAUGAUGCCCUUUAAACUGCAAGUUAAUCUUACACAGUCUACAAAGCUAAGUUUAUUAUAAAAAUGGGUCCAAAGAAGAGGGAUGAGGAUUUUAUUUGUUUGUUUGUUUUAUUUUAAGGCGUGUCACAAUUGUUAAAGGCACAAAAGCCACGUUUUCUGAAGAUGUUUUUCUCAAAUAGAUUUUUAGAUGUUCUGUGGUCACAUUGUUGGGCUUUAUGCUUUGAGAUAAGGAAUUGAAUUGAAUUGAAAUAAAUAAAAACAUCUCAAGAUAAA